AUGGAUAAGUUCGCAUGUGGAGUUAAUUCAUUUAACGGAAAAAACGUUAGUACCGGAGGUACAAAUGGAAAAAAAAUUAUAACUUCAUCAAAAGGGCUUCUAGAGUGUAAUGGGAACAAAUCCAGGAGAUAUCGAAGUGCGUUUACCACCGACCAGAUAACAUAUUUAGAAAAUCAAUUCAGAAAAUUUCCCUACAUUGGAACUGGAAAUCGUAAAGACAUUGCCGACGCUUUAAAUAUGCCAGAAAGAGCAGUCAAAAUCUGGUUUCAGAAUAGACGAAUGAAAGAAAAGAGAUUUGGAAAUCGAGAAAUUAUUUAUGAAUAUCAUAACAAAUUUGAAAGUGACAAGUCUACAAACAAGCCAUUACAUAAUGCGUAUCAUUUGCAAUCCACUAAUGACCAAUUUUUAAAUGUACCACCACCAUUAAAAAUUAAUGAUACCAGUUCGAAUAUCACAAAAGUUGAAAAUGAAAUUAGAAUUGUCCGCAACAAAGUAAACAAAGAUACUAAAGAUGUUACUGACAAUGAAAUCACAGCUUUAACGAAUAGCUUACAAACAUCGCCAGAAUCAAGUAACGUAAAUUAUCAAACUAUCAAGAAUGAAAAAUGCAAUAAAAAAGUCUUUAAGCAAUCAUCGCAUUUAGAAAAAAAUUGCAACGAAAAAGAAUAUACAAAAGUCCAAGAAGUGCCUCACGAUUUAUCAAGACCUAAAGUAUCUCAAGAAGAACAAGCUAUUUACGAAGAGCAUUUGACUAAAAAGCCUAGCGAAUCAGGAUAUGUGCCUAUUUAUUUACAAAACAGUGAAGCACAGUAUGGAUCAAAUAUGCUCUUUAAACCAAUCAAGGUGUUCCCUUGUGUUGUAAAUACGAAUUCAAUGCAGAAUCUAUAUAACAGAGGACCACAUAUUGUUAUGAAUCAGGGCAUUCUACGGAAUAAUAAUUGUCAAUGUGAUUGUCAUGCACCACAAUAUGUAACAGAAGUCCGCGAACAAGGCCAAUAUAUACCAGUAUUUCCAUUGCCUUAUCCUUACUCUUCUACAGAAUAUGUGACAUUAAAUUAA